AUGGCCAAACGCCUCCGAGUCGGCAUCAUCGGCGGCGGUCUCGGAGGCCUGGCAGCCGCUAUCGCUACCGCUCGCACGGGUGCAGAUGUCACAGUCCUCGAAGCCGCCACAGAGCUGGGUGAGAUCGGUGCUGGCAUACAUAUCUUCCCCAAUGCGUCACGCUUUCUCCUCCGCUGGGGCGUCGACCAACUGAUCGGCGAUAACCUAGUCCAGCACGACGAGGCGAACACGUGGAGUGGCGGUCCAGGCUUACACCCAAUCUCAAAACUCGACGCGAAGGCAGAAGCCCGAAAAUGUGGCUUUCCAUGGCACAUCGUCCGUCGUGACCACCUCCACGCUGGCCUUGCACAAUCCGCCCGGCAGCACGGCGCCCAAAUCAUCGUCAAUGCCCGCAUCACCUCCUUCGACGACAUCACCUCCUCCACCACCGUCACAGUCCACACGACCCCCAACAACCCCAAUGCUCCGACCCCCAAUCCAACCUACACCUUCGACCUCCUCAUCGCCGCCGACGGCAUCAAAUCCGCCACCCGCGCUCAACUCUUCCCCACCAUCCACCCCAUCCCCUACGGGCCCGCCUGCGCCUAUCGUCACACCCUGCAGACCUCCCACCUCCUCGCUUCCAUACCCGAAGCAAAAGGCUGGUUUUCGCAACAACUCAACAUGUGGUGCGGCCCACACGGCUACCUGGUCACCUACCCGCUCUCCGGCGGUCGGGAAGUCAACAUUACGGUCUGCUUCUACACUUCCUCCCAAGGUUGCGACCAUACCGACCCCUCAACCUGGCCCGACAAGAUUGUCGAAGAUGCUGACCUAAGUGAGCUGCACGAGCAAUUGAAAGUAUACCCGGAGAUCGUGCAGAGGAUGUGGGCGUUGGUGCCAAGCAGUAAUCGGACACGCUGGCCAUUGCUGCAUAUCCCCGUGCACAAGCUCCCAUCGUUCCGCAACGACAAGGGAAAUAUAGUGUUGAUGGGCGAUGCAUGCCACGCGAUGAAUCCGGCGUUGGCGCAGGGCGCCGCGACGGCGAUCGAGGACGCGGCGUUUCUGGGGCAUGUAGUUGGAGAGAUACAGAAAGGCUACGUGAGUAUCAGUGAGGCGACGAAGCUGUAUGAGCAGAGGAGGCGGCCGAAGGCAUGGAUGAAGCAGAUGAAUGCUUUCGUUGGCGCAGACAUCAUCUGCGGAGGUCCCGGGCCAAGCUGGCUGCGCAUUUCCAACAGCAAUGCCAGCACGGGCGCAGCCGUCAAUGGCCAUGAGAAUGCCGAAAGCACGGCCAAUGGGCACGUCAAGCAGUCAAUCUCCAAACCAGCGACCACCGACACUUCCUACACUUACUCCUACGACGAAGUGCGCAAUCCGCGCGACGCCUUCAUCCACAAACAAGGCCGCGAAAGCUCAUGGCAUCAGUCCUUUCAAGUCGAGAUUAAUCCACGGCAUUUCUACUACGAUGCCGAGGCCGAUGCGGACGACGCCGUUGCACAGCACUUGCUGCGGAAGGCUACACUCACUGACGACAGAAGAGGCACGGUGGACUUGCUGGAACGGAAAUUCUGGGGCGGGUUGUUUCCCGUUACUACUGAAAAUGAGGAUGGCGGGCAGGUCGAUGGGAAGAUCUAG